GCCUAAGCUGCUUCCGCCGAUUUCUGCGGCGCUGUUGUAUUAGCCUUUAGCCUUAUUGACUAUUGGCUAUUGGCCUAAGUCACGGAAAACGAAACUAGGCUAACAAAUUACUUUUUGACAACAUCAUGUCUGAUUCUACUGAAUUGAUAUGGAAUGUUGAUAUGGAAGUGAAUCUCUUCCAUGCUAUGCGUGGACACAAACCAGCAGGUGUAAACCGACACUUUCAGAUGAUUUCAGUUCAUGAUCGUCUCAUUUCAAGCCACAAAAAGCUCUCGUCAAAGGAUGUGUGGACACAUCUCUCAACACUGUACGACUUGCAAGCUUUGAACGAGUCUGAAAUUGUGCCGUUUCCAAAUAAGAAUGGUGAAUUUGGACUCCGUGAAAGUGACCUGGUGGACCUGUGUGAGAAGAGUUUUCCCAGGACCUCGUACAUAAAUACUCCUGCAGAAACAGCUAAAACUGAAACUUCGCAGACAAAAAGUUCCUCAAAAUCUGGAAAACAAGAUUCAAAGUCAUCAUCACAUUCUUCAAAGUCUGACUCCAAAUCUGACAGCAAGUCUUCGUCCUCAUCCAGUAAACACGACAGUAAGUCCGGCUCAUCAUCGAGCAGGGGAGAGCACAAAUCCAGCCACAGUUCGAGCAGUAAGUCCUCCCAUCAUUCCUCGGGUUCCAACACUCCAGGGCCGUCGCCAAAAAGGACCAAACGGACCCGCAACACGCCCUCAUCCAACAGCAGUCCUGCCACACCGACAGAACCCCCUCAGAAAAGACGGAGAUAGCAUCGCAUGUAGUGUUUUCUGUGCAUGUAUGGAGUAUGUAUUAUGUAAUGAUGUUUAUGAUGUUUCUUUAGAUUCUGUAUGUGUGAAGUGUGGAUGUUUUUGAGUGAAUGGAUAAUGAUCAAAGGAGUUGAAAGCUAGUUGAGAAAAAGAGGGAAAGAAAGUAAAUGAUGUUAUUUUAGAUGCAAAUUGCUAAUCUGGAGGGAUUACGGUGGUUCAAAAGAGAUGGUUAUGAAGGGUAUUUUAAAGUUUUCAAGGCCAGCUGUCCAAUGGGAUACAACGCUAUGAAAUAUCUCUUGGUACUUUCCUCAAUUUGAAACAUUGUUUGACUAGGCUUGGGAAAAGUAGACCUCUAUAAUAUAAUUGGUCGCUUUUAUGCACAACAAGGCUAUCCCGAAAAAUGCUGUUUUUUU